AUCACUAUCACUAUCACUGUUGUCAGAUUUAUCUUCAUUUGAACUUGAAUCGUCUAAGCAAAUCAAUUUACUUGCCUCAUCGGCAGUCAUAGAUCGAAAUCCUUGUCGAUUAGAACUAGCACUGUUAUUCGAUGCAGCCAUUUCAAUCAGCUGUGUUUUGUUUACAAAUUUUUAAGUGGAAAAAACGAGCACAAAAUACACUAAACGUGGGUUAUUCGGUUUAAAAUUCAACACAAAGGAAGUGGAACUCUUCUGAAUAAAAAAUUGAUAAGCUAUAUUAUAAAAUAGUUGAAUGGAAAAGUUGGAAUACUAAUAAAAUGAAACAAACCAGUGGUGACGCAGAGAGUGGCUAAACGUACUCUGCCGAAAUCGCGGUGACGCACACUGCGGCGAAACGUAUUAAAUGGGUUAAUGAAAGUCAUUGUAAGUCAUAGUGUUAAAUUUCAGCUAGCAAUUUUAUAUUUUAUGUAAAAACGUUAAAUUAAUUUCUCUUAAAUUAAAUAAUCUCAACAAUAAAAAAUUAAUGCUAAUUAAAAUAAGAUCUUCACUGUCGAAGUCGAAUGUUUUCCUAGCAAGUGCUUUAUUUUUUAAAUAUCGAUUUCUGUCAUAGUCAUUGGAAAUUACAAGGGUGACGCACGUUUUACUUAUAAAUUGUUAGGCUUAUUAUUAUUUUAAUUUUAACAGUUUUCCUCAAUAUAAUAAAAUAAUUAAAUAUAAAUUCUAUUUUUUCAAAAUACAUUAAUUAUUUUUCAACGUUACUUUUGUAAUUGAUUUGGUGUCUUGGGUUCAGAGAUUUUAAUGUUAACUGGCAUGUCAACACUUUCUAUUUAACAGAAUAACAUGAGCAAAAUGCUAGUUUGGAAGGGAUGUACGAUGGCUUCGCCAACGAAAAUAGUAUUAUUGGGAUGUGGAUCAUACAAUCCUGUGACAAAUAUGCAUUUACGCAUGUUUGGUAAUACUUUAUAUUUAUUCUUGUAAUAAUUAUAUCAUUGUUAUUAUUAAAACUGUUAUGUUAGGCACUUCUAUUAUAUAAUUAUAAUUAUUGUAUCAACAAAAUAAACAAAACAGUGAAGUGAAUAAAUUAACAAUCAAAAUGAUUAUUGACAUUGAUUAAUGAAUGAUAAUUAAUGAAUUUAAUGUAAUCAUAAAAAAAUAAAUGCCUUAUUAAUUAUAAUUAUUUGAAUAAAAUAUACAAUUUACGCCAUAGUCUCUUAGUGGGCUUUAACUUUAGGCUAAUAAUAUUAAACUGAAAGUAACAAUUUGAACAUCAUAUGUCAUAGGGGACUCUUACACAUAUGACAUAUGCAUGGGCAAAAUGCAUAUUUAAGUCGCAUAUUGCACUUAAUGUAAUAUAGAAUAUUAGCAUUACUAGCAUAUUCAUGCGGCUAUUAUUAUUAGUAUGAUUACUGUACUAUUACUAUUAUUAUUUAUCUACCAAUGUCUAGAAUAGUAUAUAAUAUAAAUAUAGGCAUUAUAGGAUAGGCCUAUUAUUUAGAUGUUCAUGCCAUAACAGUUUUUAUGUUUUCAUUUACCGGUACAUAAAUAUAAUUAUAUUUUUUGAAUCUGGUAAGUUGCACUGUAGGGGCCACUUUGCGUGGUCGUCACUUGAUAAUGCCUGAGAACCUGUGUACUAAGCAACUCAGUUUAACAAUUCAGUGCACAGCACUUAACUAGAUUUUACUUCUCCUGGCUUACUUAUAGUUAUAACUAGUGACAAUGUGUUACAAUCUGUCACUGUCUAAAAUGUACCAAUAAACAUUAAAAAAUGUAUUCUAAAAUUUUGUACCCAAAAUAGUCCAGAAUGGGAGUAUUUCCUGGGAAGUCUUUAGUUUGUUAAAAAAUCACUUGAGAAUCCCUAGUUUUAACCUGUUGUCUUAUGUCAAGUUGAAUUCUAACAAAUACACUUCAAAAUACAUUUUUUUUAAAUUGAAAGAGUUGGGUAUAAACAAAUUUCCAUUCGAAUACUUCAGUUCGAAAAAGACUUCACAACAACAUCAACAAAAAUUCAAACAAAUUUCCGUUUGAAAAAUUUCCCUUUUCAACAAAUUUCUGUUAACCAAUUGUGAUUGUAAGAGAUUUUAAAAGACAUUUGAAUAAAUAAAUCUAUAAAUUAAUGAUGUGUGAAAACAUUGUUUAUUAAAUGACAUUUAUUUCUAUCCUCAGAAUUAGCUAAAGAUGCUUUGAACAAAACUGGAAGGUAUCAAGUUAUUUCUGGCUUUAUGUCACCAGUCAGUGAUGCCUACAAGAAAAAAGUAUGUGGGCUUAUUUUCUUUCUCUCUUGAUUUAUAUAUGUUAAUAUCUGGUUUAACAGACAUAUUCUUGAAUAUAGAGUACACAUGGUCCAUCCAUAUUCAUCCUUUGAAUUCCCUUGAAUAUUCACCCUGAACCUUGGUUUUAUUUUUGAGUGGUUUAAUGUUAUAGGUAUCGGUCUUGUCAGUUUGUUGAGUAUGCCAAGCUAAUGCUGAGUCUUUUUUAGAUAUUUUCUUUGCGUACGCCUAAUUGUAAUUUUAUUUUUGGAAAUAUUGGACAAGUAGAUCAUUAUGCAGCUGUGAGCAGUGUUCCAGAUUAUUUGUCAUGUAUUGUAUGAUGACAUAAAGACGUCGAGCAAUAAUCAAUAUCAGAUUGCUGACAGACAGAGUGACAGUCUGACUUCUGAUGGAUGGCCAAAAGCCUCAAUCACUUUCAGACGAAACCGAAAAUAAACCUAAUGUUAACUUUUCUAUUUCACCCAAAAUGGAAAGUACGCCGAAAGUGUUCAAAUGGCAACGUUUGGCACCGAAACCAAAAUUCGGUCAUCCACUAAGCUCAAAGGAGUACAAAGUGCAUCUGAAAAAAACUGAAACAUAUCUUCUGAGAAAAGCUGAGGCAUUUAAAGCUUAUUAAUUAAAGUAAAAAGGAAAUAAGCUAAUAAAAUCAAUUAGGUUUUGGAACCUCCUUUCACAUACUCUGUUUUACAUAACUAAUUAUAAGAGUGUUUGACUGCAAUAAAGCUUUCAAGUAGAUAAAUGAGACACAAAAAAUUUUUGUCAAUAAAACAAUAAAGUUUCAACUUUAAUAAUGAUCAUACAGAAUACAAAUGUAAAUGCUUAAGCAAAUGCCUUCAUCAGUACAGCAAAAAAACAUAAACAUUCAAAUAAGCAUAAAUUUAAUUUACAUAAUAUAUAUGGCCCUGAUUGUUUUACAGUGGUCUGAUAUGAAAUUACUCAUAUUAAAAUAAUGAUCUACAGCUCUGAAUUUUGAAUUGUUGUAAUUUAAAUUGUGUUUUUUCCCAGCCAACUAACUUCUUUUAUUUUUUAUGAUGAUUAUGUUUGAGUUGUGUGAGAUGGCUAUGUGAAACUGUGACACUUUAGAUUAGAGUUGUUGAAAUGAGGGGGCAAAGAUAUGUUGACAUGUCUAGAUAAAAAAAGUGGUAGACAGUUCUAACACAGAGGUAUCUGUUAAUAUUUGUCUGUACCUUGAUUUAUUUAUUCUAACACAAAACAAUCUCAAAUUAUAAUUUUAACUAUCUGCUUAAACUUUUCUGUAUGAUAAUUAAAAAAUAAUUUUGUCAGAUAAAAUAAAAAAAUAAGUAGGCUUGACAUGAGAAAGAAUGUGGUCAAGUACAAGGAACAAUGUUGGAGAUUAGACAUUGGCUGAAUCAUGAAGUUUGUUUAGUAACCAGGAAAUGUUAUAAGGUGAAUAGAUGUAAGGAGAUGAUUGGUGAAUGGAUGGAAGGAGCUGAUUGGUGAAUGGGUGGAAGGAGCUGAUUAGUGAAUGGAUGGAAGAAGUUGAUUGGUGAAUGGGUGGGAGGAGUUGACUUGACAUUAAAAGAAAUUGAUUAAACUAUUUAAGAAUUCAAAAUUCUUAUGCACAGAAAGUCUGUUGGGUUUUAGGUAUACUAAAGUGAACUUUUUGGAUUACAAUACUAUUUCUUGCACUAGCAAAUGGCAACAUUGUAGAAGAAAAUAAAAAAAGGGUUUGAACUUUGGUGACCUUUACAAGCUGAUGUAGCACACAAUGAGAUAAGCCCGAGUAUUUCCCAUAAAAUAGCUCAGUGGUGGAAUUCAUUAACUGUAAUACUGGUAUGAAAUCAUUGUUCUCCAUAUUUCUGAGAAAAAUACAUUUCCCUAAUUGUUAAAUAUAAGUCUGUGGCCCAUCUUUUUAUCCCAGUUGAUGGUGCUGUGAUUAGUGUUUAGGCUCAAGUCCUAACGGUCGAUUGUUGUCGAAAUAUUUUAUUUCACAAGGGAAAACUUGACAAACAUGAUCUCAAGUAACGAGUACUUAAAACAUAGAAACAUCUAAAACUCAUUGUUAGUCUUUUUGUUUAUAGACAGUUCAACUUUUCAAGUAGGCUUUAAUCCUUGUUUCAUAGCUCCAACAAUUAACCAGCAAAUCAGGGUGUCAAGCUAAAUCAGCUCAGUUAAAUCAGGGCAGUCCAGCUAAAUCAGGGCAGUCCAGCCAUUAGGCAUUUAUUUUUUAAAUUAAAUGAGACUUCUACAAAGUUCAGAAGUCGGUACAGAGUACAGGUGACUCAUGGCAGUCUAUAUAUAGACCUCAAUGUUUGACAAAACUUUCCACAGAUGUUCUGUAUCCUAGAAUCAGAAUUUGCUAGGUCAAUUUUUUUGUUCGACCUCAGGUUGGCCCACUUUUGUCUUUUAUGAGCUCUACAAAUGAAAAAGUGUCACGUCAGGUUGGUAAUGAACAUUCAAUGUAAGUUUUUAUUGGUGCACCGAAAUGAACGUCAUGACAAGAGAACAUUGUUGAGCGUUAAUUUACUUUGAGUCAAGGUACUUUGAGACUGAAAGUUGUGAAGUGUCAUUAUGUAGCAUCCUAGACCUUGGUGGGCAACCUUUUACCCCUGAAAUAAUCACAGUUAUGGUGAAUGAAAAAUAUAUAAAUCAUUAAACACUACUAUUGAUAUAACAUUAAAUGAAGAUAUAAGCAUAUUUUAAACCAACUUAAGAUGUAAACGUUGACAUUCCUUUUCUUGAACAAGCUGCACAACUUUUGGUUCCAUUAUUUCAAUCUUUAUUCAAGGCACAGCUCGUCACUGCCUCUAAAUAUUCCCACCAACAAUAACUUCGAAAUAUGUAUUUUGGCUUGAUGACACCCAUGUUGGCAAUGUUGAUUCACAAGCGGAGUUGAUCUGAGCAUAAAGGGGAAUGCCCAGUUUUUUGUUUGUUUUCUUGUUGAGUGUCCACUUUUCACUUGCUUACAUGACUUCUGGACUUAAAUAACAAGGAAUACAGUUUUCUUUUUUCCCCUCAGAGAUGGAUGUGCUUACUCAAUUUUUAGUCUUAAAGCUGCCCUGCUACUGGCUACUGUCCAUUCGUUACUGUGUCUGCCAUUAAAUAACUUUUGUUUUACUGAAGGUUAAUUAUUUCAUAGAUUCUCCAAUAGUGUUAUUUUUAUAGGGCUUAUUCCAAUGUCUGUCAUGUGUUAUGGCCAUGUACUUCGUUUUUUAUAUUUCAAUUUUUUUUUUUCACUUGGCCAAAAGUUUAAACUCAUGAUGUCAUCAGAGAAUUACUUAUAGCUUUAUCAUAGUCCACCCUCUGAUUUUUUUGCACAUUCCUCUGUAAUCUGAAUGCCCCAUCGUGCUGUAAUGGAUCACAUUCCUCUGUAAUCUGAAGACCCCAUUGUGCUGUAAUGGAUCACAUUUCUCUGUAAUCUCAAGGCCCCAUCGGGCAGUAAUGGAUCACAUUCCUCUGUAAUUUUGAAUGCCCCAUCGUUCUGUUAUGGAUCACAUUCCUCUGUAAUCUGAAUGCCCCAUCGUGCUGUAAUGGAUUUCUGUUCCUCUGUUUCAGGAUCUCGUGCCAGCCAAACACAGAUGUGAAAUGUUGAGAGCAGCUUUGAAGGGCUCAGACUGGCUCAAGUAAGUUGAGUUUGUUUCAAAGUUUGGAGGCUUGUAGGAAAUCAAUUUGGGAACUGCUCCUAGGUUGUACCUUUCUUGGGGAAUGAAUGAAUGAGGAAAGCAAGUGUUUGGUUUUUAGCUGUGCAGAUCGCUGGUGUUUGGUGUUUUAGCUGUACAGAAUGCUGGUGUUUGGUGUUCUAGCUGCGCUGAAUGUUGAUAUUUUAGCUGCGAAGAAUGCUGGUGUUUUAGUUGUACCGAAUGCAGGUAUUUGGUGUUUUACCUAUGCAUAGACUUAGCAUGUGUUGAAAUAAAUCAACUCAUACGGGCUGUGCUGGAAGAACCGUGGAGGAAGUAGCUUCAUUCCCCUUGCCUUGAAACAACACACCUGGGCCCAUUUAAACAUAGUGUAGGCCUGUUUAAUCAUAUAAUUUUUUAAAUUGCACAAAUGUCAUAAAACAAAAAAUUACUUUGAUUUGAUUCCAUUGAUUUGUUGACACCAUCUGAUUUUGGUAAAUACAUUUAGCUUCAAAAUGCUGCAUGAAACUGUCUCCUUGUGGGAUACACGGGACACACAAUAUUUGAUUGUGUCUUGGAUUCUAACCAAUCAGCAGUAAUAACUUGGCAGGAUGAGGCUUACAUUGCUCAGUAAUAAAAAAACUAAGACAAAAACGUCUUAUUUUCUACCCCCCUUCCCUUCUGCUGCACGCUUAUUUUUUUUGAAUCCCCCCCGUUUGCGUACGUACAUUUUAGAUAUCCCUACCAACAGAAAAAAAGUAACAAUAAAUACAAAUAGAAAUUAAAAUAAAUUAUUAAAAAAAACCCACAAACAAAUCAAUUUAUUGAUGCAUGAUUAUGACGUUAGGGUUUUAAAAAAGGUAUCAGGGAUUUUCACUGCUCUUUGUUCCCAAGAUAUGGAUUGCAGUGUUGCAUUUAGGGCAGGGCCAUUCGAAAGAGGACACCCUUUAUUUUAUAAAGAUGUAAAUCUCAAAGAAGUGUAUUUGUUUGAAUUCGAUAUAGUGCACCUGAUGAAAACCAAAAUUUGGCAAGGGCUUCGAUAAUUAAAAAAAAAUAUUAUAGGAACCACUGCCGUAGCCGAACAAAGUUAACUAAAUACAUCACACACGUGCAACUUACAAAAGGGCCAUGCCAUAAAUAAAGACACGCUUUUUUCGGACCAUCUCCCUCCCUGCCCCAUUCCCCCAUUUUACACCUUUUCCCUCCCUGUCCCAUUCCCCCAUUUUACACCUUUUCCCUCCCUGUCCCAUUCCCAAAUUUUACACCUUUCCCCUCCCUGCCACAUUCCCCCAAUUUUACACCUUUUCCCUCCCUGCCCCAUUCCCCUAUUUUACGCAUUUCCCCUCCUGCCCCAUUUCCCCAUUUUACACCUUCUCCCUCCCUGUCCCAUUCCCCCAUUUUACGCCUUUCCCCCAUUUUACGCCUCCCCCCUGCCUCAUUCCCCCAUUUUAACAUUUUCACUCCCUUCCAAAUUCCCCCAUUUUAAACCUUUCCCACCAUGUAUUCUCCCUACUCCCACAAACCAUGUAUUCUCCCUCCCUGUCCCAUUCCCCCAUUUUACGCCUUUCCCCCAUUUUACGCCUCCCCCCUGCCUCAUUCCCCCAUUUUAACAUUUUCACUCCCUUCCAAAUUCCCCCAUUUUAAACCUUUCCCCCCUGCCCUAUUCCCCCAUUUUACACCUUUACCCUCACUGCCCCAUUCCCCCCCCGUUUUACACCUUUUACCUCCCUCCCCUUUCCCCCAUUUUACACCUUUUCCUUCCCUUCCACAUUCCUCCAUGUUACACCUUUUACCUCCAUGCCACAUUCCCCCCAUUUACGCCUUUUCCAUCCCUGCCACAUUCCCCCUUUUACUCCUUUUCCCUCCCUGCCCCAUUCUCCCAUUUUAUACAUUUUCCCUCCUUUCCACAUUCCCCCAUUUUACACCUUUUCCCUCCCUGCCCCAUUCCCCCAUUUUACACCUUUUCCCUCCCUGUCCCAUUCCCAAAUUUUACACCUUUCCCCUCCCUGCCACAUUCCCCCAAUUUUACACCUUUUCCCAUCCCUGCCCCAUUCCCCUAUUUUACGCAUUUUCCCUCCUGCCCCAUUUCCCCAUUUUACACCUUCUCCCUCCCUGUCCCUUUCCCCCAUUUUACGCCCCCCCCUGCCUCAUUCCCCCAUUUUAACCUUUUCACUCCCUUCCAAAUUUCCCCAUUUUAAACCUUUCCCCCCUGCCCUAUUCCCCCAUUUUACACCUUUACCCUCACUGCCCCAUUCCCCCCCCCCGUUUUACACCCUUUCCAUCCCUGCCCCUUUCCCCCACACCCUUUCCGUCCCUGCCCCUUUCCCCCAUUUUACCCCUUGUCCUUCCCUUCCACAUGCCUCCAUGUUACACCUUUUACCUCCAUGCCCCAUUCCCCCCAUUUACGCCUUUUCCCUCCCUGCCACAUUCCCCCUUUUACUCCUUUUCCCUCCCUGCCCCAUUCUCCCAUUUUAUACAUUUUCCCUCCUUUCCACAUUCCCCCAUUUUACACCUUUUCCCUCCCUGUCCCAUUCCCCCAAUUUUACACCUUUUCCCUCCUUGCCCCAUUCCCCCCUUUUUACACCUUUUCCCUCCCUGCCACUUUCCCCCAUUUUACACCUUUUCCCUCCCUGCCACAUUCCCCCUUUUACUCCUUUUCCCUCCCUGGCCCAUUCUCCCAUUUUAUACAUUUUCCCUCCCUUCCACAUUCCCCCAUUUUACACCUUUUUCCUCCCUGUCCCAUUCCCCCAAUUUUACACCUUUUCCCUCCUUGCCCCAUUCCCCCCUUUUUACACCUUUUCCCUCUCUGCCACUUUCCCCCAUUUUACACAUUUUCCCUCCCUGUCCCUUCCCCCAAUUUUACACCCUUUCCAUCCCUGCCCCAUUCUCCCAUUUUAUACAUUUUCCCUCCCUUCCACAUUCCCCCAUUUUACACCUUUUCCCUCCAUGUCCAUUCCCCCAAUUUUACACCUUUUCCCUCCUUGCCCCAUUCCCCCCUUUUUACACCUUUUCCCUCCCUGCCCCAUUCCCCCAAUGUUACACCUUUUACCUCCCUGCCCCAUUCCCCCAAGCGCUGACUUGCCAAUGUUAUUUUAUUGCGGUGAUUGAAAUGAAUGGUUUACGGCAAGCUCUCACGCUACGGUACUACAUUUAACGUCAAUACUCAGUCCGUGCUCAGAUAGAAAUAACUCAAGUCUAGCUCUGACCGAAUGAGGGCUUUGUAGCUCUUAGUCAGGGGUGGCCGACCCGCGGGCUGCAUGCGGCCCGCCACGUGAUCUAUUCUGAUCCGCCUGAUGUAUCAGGAAUGAAUCCAUUUCUUCAGCCAAUUGCCAAUACGCUUGACCGGCACCGCCCCUUUUUAUUAUAUAUCAAAAAAAAAAAGAUUCAAAACUAAGUAAUCUUAAAUACAAAUUUUAAAACAAUAUUACCAUUUAUUAUUAAAAAAAAAUAAACCCCAUCCAGUUACAGAGUACCUAAAUUGUAAUGAUCCGCUAGCAUUUAUUCUAUUGUUUUCCUGUUAAGUGUAAAAGGACGCAAAACUAAACUCAGGAAUGUGCCAAAAUGCAUCCAUGCAUUAACACCCCCCCCCCCCAACCCUUCGUUAAUCAAAGUGACAAUAACGGGCACCUUUUCAUCUAUAAUAAAGUGGUUAGUUAUAUCUUGAUUUCCAUCGCUACACUUGAUGUAUGUGUGAUGCUGCACGAGUAGAUGUGUUAACAUCUGAGAAGUGUCUUGCUGUAGUGAAAUACGGUUCAAUAAAUAAUAAAGCGCAUCGUUUGUUUGGAAGUUAUUUGAAAUAUUAGGUUUAAUAAAAUGCGAACCUCGAAGAGUUGGAUUGGCCACCCCUGCUCUCAUUGUAGGAGGACAGUGUAGCUCUCAUUGUAGGAGGACAGUGUAGCUCUCAUUGUAGGAGGACAGUGUAGCUCUCAUUAUAAGACAAUGUAGCUCUAACUUUAGGAUGACAAUGUAGCUCUCAUUGUAGGAAGACAGUGUAGCUCUCAUUGUAGGAGGACAGUGUAGAUCUCAUUGUAGGAGGUCAAUGUAGAUCUCAUUGUAGGAGGACAGUGUAGCUCUAAUUGUAGGAUGAAAAUGUAGCUCUCUAAUUGUAGGACAAUAUAGCUCUAACUUUAGGAGGGCAAUGUAGUUCUAAUUGUAGGACAAUGUAGCUCUAUCCUUAGGCGGGCCAUGUACUCUAAUUGUAUGAGGAAAAUGUAGCUAUUACGGUAGAUGGGCAAUUAUAGUUAAAUGUAUUGGGUGGAAAUCUAGCUCUUACUACAGUAGAAGACAUUUUUUAGAUCCAUGAUUGGUUUAUUUUAAUUUUUUAUAACAAAUCCAGUUGAUGCCAUGAAUUAGUCAAUAUUCAGUGCAGCCAGUGUCCAUUGUUGUCUGUGUUUUUUUAGACGCCGAGACUUAGGGUAAUAGCCUCUAACUACUUGUUUGCUCUGUUAAAAUGUCUUCGCCAUAAGGAGGUUUAUUUUGUGUCCAUUAUUGAUUUUUAGCCUGGGACCAAAUUUGUUGCUAGGAGGCAAAAAAAAGGGGGGGGGGGACAAACAAAAACCGGGUGUGUGUUAACAGGUUGUGGGAGCAUAUGGUACAACUGUGACAGUGGGAAACUAAACCUUUUGUUUGAGGUUGUGGGAGCAUAUGGUACAACUGUGACAGUGGGAAACUAAACCUUUUGUUUGAGGUUGUGUGAGCAUAUCGUACAACUGUGAUAGUGGGAAACUAAACCUUUUGUUUGAGGUUGUGGGAGCAUAUGGUACAACUGUGACAGUGGGAAACUAAACCUUUUGUUUGAAGUUGUGUGAGCAUAUGGUACAACUGUGACAGUGGGAAACUAAACCUUUUGUUUGAGGUUGUGUGAGCAUAUCGUACAGCUGUUACAGUGGGAAACUAAACCUUUUGUUUGAGGUUUUGGGAGCGUCGUACUAAUGAAUGAGUGUGGAGUAGAUUGUCCGGGAUGAAAGUCAGGUUAGUCAAUAUGAUCUUUAAAUGAUCUUAACAUGAUCUGAUCACUUCAAGUAACCAACGAUCAAACAUGUCCCGUGAUUCAUCCGAUCCGAUUGACCUGGCAAUAGUCGGCUCGGGUUAGGGGGGGGGGGACAUAUAGAAUACUGAUCGAUGGUGCAAGUGGUGAAUAAAUUAAUGACAAUCAAACGGAUUAUUGUCUUAUUAAUCGAUUCCUGUUUUUGUUAAUUGGGCUGAGCAGAUUGUCAUGAAAAGACUUUCCAACUGGUUCAUCACAAAGACAUUGGGAGACAGUUGAUACUGGGACAGAGCAAUUGUAGAAUCUUGUUUCGCUGACGUACUGUGUUCACGCACUUGUUUCGAUGACGCACUGUGUCCACGCACUUGUUUCGAUGACGUACUGUGUUCACGCACUUGUUUCGAUGGCGCACUGUGUUCACGUACUUGUUUGGAUGACGCACUGUGUUCACGCACUUGUUUGAAUGACGUACUGAUUCCAUGCACUUGUUUGAAUGACGCAGUGUCCACGCACUUGUGAUGACGCACUGUGUCCACGCACUUUUUGUGAUGACGUACUGUGUCCACGCACUUGUUUUGAUUAGCAUUCUGGAAGUCUCGUCCAGACGUCAUCAGUUUGACUCAAGUGUUUUGACGUCAUCAGUUUUUACCAAAGUGCUGUGACGUCAUCGGUACGACUAGCGUAUUGUGACGACAUCAGUAUAACUAAAGUGUUGUGGCGUCAUCAGGGCGACUAAAGAAGUGUGAUGUCAUCUGUCCGAUUAAACUGUUGUAACGCCAUCAGCAUGACUAAAUUAUCUCAUCGAAUUAAUAGAGAUUUAAAAAGGUUGUCAACUAAAGAAAACAUUUUCAACGUAUUCCAUGUCUGAGCCUGAAGACGGAAACAACAAAGAAUCGAUUUCCCCAUUCAGUGAAUUUUUGGUGGUGGCGUGUUGGCCAGGACGUCUCACUGUCUCCCCAUCUUGCUAGCCAGCGUGUGUACAACCCUAGGGGAUCAGACGAUGUUAUAGAGUUGGCUGUCAUUGAGCUGACUCGUAAACAACCGUGUGUACAACCGUGAGGGAGCAGACGAUGUUAUAGAGUUGGCUGUCAUUGAGCUGACUCGUAAACAACCGUGUGUACAACCGUGAGGGAGCAGACGAUGUUAUAGAGUUGGCUGUCAUUGAGCUGACUCGUAAACAACCGUGUGUACAACCCUAGGGGAUCAGACGAUGUUACAGAGUUGGCUGUCAUUGAGCUGACUCGUAAACAACCGUGUGUACAACCGUGGGGGAGCAGACGAUGUUAUAGAGUUGGCUGUCAUUGAGCUGACCCGUAAACAACUGUAAGCACAUCACCAACCGUGGGCUCAUCAAUAACUUGGAGUGCCCUUUGUAAGCUUAUUCCAACUUUGAGUGCCCUUUGUAAGCUUAUUCCAACUUGGAGUGCCCUUUGUAAGCUUAUUCCAACUUGGAGUGCCCUUUGUAAGCUUAUUCCAACUUGGAGUGCCCUUUGUAAGCUUAUUCCAACUUGGAGUGCCCUUUGUAAGCUUAUUCCAACUUGGAGUGCCCUUUGUAAGCUUAUUCCAACUUGGAGUGCCCUUUGUAAGCUUAUUCCAACUUGGAGUGCCCUUUGUAAACUUAUUCCAACUUGGAGUGCCCUUUGUAAGCUUAUUCCAACUUGGAGUGCCCUUUGUAAACUUAUUCCAACUUGGAGUGCCCUUUGUAAGCUUAUUCUAACUUGGAGUGCCCUUUGUAAACUUAUUCCAAUUUGGAGUGCCCUUUGUAAGCUUAUUCCAACUUGGAGUGCCCUUUGUAAACUUAUUCCAAUUUGGAGUGCCCUUUGUAAACUUAUUCCAACUUGGAGUGCCCUUUGUAAACUUAUUCCAACUUGGAGUGCCCUUUGUAAGCUUAUUCCAAUUUGGAGUGCUCUUUGUAAACUUAUUCCAACUUGGAGUGCCCUUUGUAAACUUAUUCCAACUUGGAGUGCCCUUUGUAAACUUAUUCCAACUUGGAGUGCCCUUUGUAAGCUUAUUCCAAUGCAUUUCGAGCAGAGGACGUUUUGUCCAGGCGGUAUCCAGAUUUGAGAGCGUGCCAAUUAUGUUUGAGAACAGGCGUAUACCUACUACCUACUGGCUUCAUAACCGUGUUAAAUAUCGAGUCACGUGUUAUAUCGCUUGUUUUAUGUGUGCAUUAUGGAGUAGAGCAAAUAGAAAAGUGAUUUUAAAAUAUAUUAACUACUUUAGGAACUCAUUAAAGUUGCAUAGCUUUGAAAUGAUCAGUUAAUAGCAUCAAGUCAAUUAGUUUUUGGCUGACGGCUAAUCAUACUUACAGCAGAUGUCAUUUGCGAUGUAAACUCUUCAUGACAAUUAAUCGAAUGUAAUGAGUGACAAUGUAAUCAGAUGUAAUGAGUUAACAUGAAGCAAUAGUCCCGAUAAACUCUUAUCUAACAAUGGCUGUAUUCUUCUAGUGGUUAACACAUUGUGUUGUUCCACACAUUCUGUUAACGUCCUUCUGUGUCCAACACAUUGUUUUAACGCCCUUCAGUGGCCCACACACUCUGUUAACGUCCUUAUGUGGCCCACAUAUUCUGUGAGCGCCUUUCUAUGGCCCACACAUUCUGUUAACGUCCUUAUGUGGCCCACACACUCUGUUAGCCCCUUUCUAUGGCCCACACAUUAUGUUAACGUCCUUAUGUGGCCCACAUAUUCUGUGAGUGCCUUUCUAUGGCCCACAUAUUCUGUUAACGUCCUUAUGUGGCCCACACAUUGGGAUUUAUGCAGAAGAUCCAGCCAUACUUUAUUUUUUUUAAAGAAUGAAAUAAUGUUAACAAUCUACGUCCACGCUCUACGUCUCCCUACAGUCUCCCACCAGCUCUGGCAUUUUGUCUUUGGCUCACAAUAGGAGCAUUCUACUGAUGGCGCAGCUCAAUAAUGAAACAUUUGUCCUGUUGGAGACCGACUUGAAUAGAGAGGCCAUCAAUCACCUUAUAUUUAUCGAGCUCUUUGAAUCCCAUGGUCUCAGCAAUUUUCAACGUGUUCUGUGUUCGUAAACGGUUUCAUUGUGAGACCGCUGGGUUCAUUGUAGAGAGAAUUCGAAACUAAUAGGAAAAACUACUCUCUGGUCUGCUCGCACUGGUUUUAGUUUUUGUUUGAGACAUCGCCGAACUUGGACAAUGUGUCUGAAUAUCUGGCUCCUAUAAUCGUUGAUUGAAUUUUGAGAAUAGACAGUCCUACUCGCAUUUAUUGAUCAACACACAGUUUCUUAAAUGUUCGACCCUUCUAACUUCGCUAAACACUGCAGCAUCAAACGGACCACGGUCAAACUGGUCACGUGUUGUUCUGCUCAGAUUACUCAUGAGCGCCAGGUCAUUUGUUUAUCCUGGUCAAUUUGCUAUUGUAAAGUCGUAUGUUUAUAUUUGUCAGUUUUCUAGAGAGUACCAGGUAAUCUGUCAGUAUUGGUCAGUUCACUACUGAGUAUCAGGUCAUGUGUCAUAAUGGUCAGUGUACUAGUGAGUACCACGUCAUAUGUUAUACUGGUCAGUUUGCUAGUGAGGACCAGCUCAUCUGUUUAUACUGGUCAGUUCACUGGGGAGUAACAAGUCAUCUGUUAUACUGGUCAGUUUACUGGUGAGCGUGUAAUAUCAUACAGAGCCACCGCGACAUUCUUAUAUGAAAUGUGUUCUCAGCCUACACCACACAAAGCCAUGUUAUUGGUUCUUUUUUAAAUGAUUUUUCUUCAUAGCCUUAGUCCAUGUUUUGUGCAUUAUUGGAACAUUCUUGUGAUCUAGGUCACGUAAUAAACCGAUAGGUGUCACUUUAACGUACAAAUGUUCGUGCACACUGGCGAUCUGUUACUGAGAUGCUCAAAUUUAUGUGACCACGUACCACUUGCUGUAACAAAGACGUGGUCAACACGUUUCAUUUUCAAGGUUUUGUUGAGAGCUGCAGUAUUUUGUCGGCAGGCCGUUUACCACACAGACUACAGACACCCUCCCGUCAUGUUUGUAUCUUUGCGCAUGCGUUGUCGUCAGUUGACAGGGCUUGUUUAGCAUUUUUAAUUAUUAGUCGCAUUCCAUGGAAGCAUUCCGCCACGACCGGUGAGGAUGUUUGGAAGAUAAAAUUUGCGAAAAAAAUUAGUUUGAUUUUAUUGGAGUGGACAAGAAAAGAAACUAUUAGAUGAAAAAUGUCUUGUUUUAAAAGUAAUUGAUUAAAAUUUAAAAAAAAAAUACACCCCCUCCCCUUGCAUGGGUGGAUACAUUUUAAAAUGAUUCUUAGAAGAAAAAAUACGAACUAUUCAUUAAAGAGACAAAUUCUUCAUUAAAGAGAAAACCGUCAUUAAAGAGAGCGCCACCUACGUGUGAUAUCUGAGUCGGUAGGUUUCUUAACAUGAAUUCACCACUGAGAUUCUCAACAUGAAUUCACCACUGAGAUUCUCAACAUGAAUUCACCACUGAGAUUCUCAACAUGAAUUCACCACUGAGAUUCUCAACAUGAAUUCACCACUGAGAUUCUCAACAUGAAUUCACCACUGAGAUUCUCAACAUGAAUUCACCACUGAGAUUCUCAACAUGAAUUCACCACUGAGAUUCUCAACAUGAAUUCACCACUGAGAUCCUCAACAUGAAUUUACCACUGAGAUUCUCAACAUGACUUCACCAAUGAGAUUCUCAACAUGAAUUCACCACUGAGAUUCUCAACAUGAAUUCACCACUGAGAUUCUCAAAAUGAAUUCACCACUGAGAUUCUCAACAUGAAUUCACCACUGAGAUUUGUGGCCGCAAAAAUGAACUCGACCUGUUUACCAGAAGGCACAUAUUAGCGUGGUCAGUUUUAAAUACAAAAGAAGCUGUCCCAAGUUAAGCUCCUGAAAAGACAAACUUAGGCUGGCACAAUUUUAGCUCCAACAAAAGAUACAAUAAGCUGCCACAAUUUUAGCCCCAACGGACAAUACAAUAAGCUGCCACAAUUUUAGCUCCAACAGAAGAUACAAUAAGAUGUACAGUUUUAGCUCCAACCGAAGAUACAAGCAGUUGACACAAUUUUAGCUCCAACAGAAGAUACAAUAAGCUGGCACAUUUUUAGCUCCAACAGAAGAUACAAUAAGCUGGCACAAUUUUAGCUCCAACAGAAGAUACAAUAAGCUGUACAGUUUUAGCUCCAACAGACGAUACAAUAAGCUGGCACAGUUUUAGCUCCAAAAGAAGAUACAAUAAGCUGGCACAAUUUUAGCUCCAAAAGAAGAUACAAUAAGCGGGCACAUUUUUAGCUCCCACAGAAGAUAAAAUAAAUGGGCACAAUUUUAUCUUCCACAGAAGAUACAAUAAGCUGGAAAAGUUUUAGCUCCCACAGAAGAUAAAAAUAAGCUGCCACAAUUUUAGCUCCAACAGAAGAUACAAUAAGCUGGCCCAAUUUUAGCUCCAACAGAAGAUAGAAUAAGCUGUCACAAUUUUAGCUCCAACAGUAGAUACAAUAAGCUGGCACAAUUUUAGCUCCUGAAAAGACACCUUUCUGCUCAAUUUUAGUUCCAAAAAAGACUCACUUAAGCUUCCACAGAAGAAGUAAUAUUUCCAUAAACAUGUAGCUGUACCAAAAGAAACAGAUAUGAAUAGGCCUACAUGCAUGUCUGCUUUCUAUCUUUAUACCAAACUAAAUGAACGUAAUAUUUGAAAAAUGUUUUCAGGCUCUUGUAGACAGUGACCUUUAACUUAAGUUCUGGGUAUGGAUUUGGUUAGGUGGUGGGGAGCCCCUGAGCCUUACACUACUAUUGUUGGGGGGGGGGGGCAAUGGUGUUUAGCUUUACACUAUUAUUAGUGGGGGCUGUGGUGUUACGAUAACACUAUUAUUAGUGGGGGGCUGUGGUGUUAUGCUUUACACUAUUAUUAGUGAGGGCNGGUGUUUAGCUUUACCCUAUUAUUAGUGGGGGCAAUGGUGUUUAGCUUUACCCUAUUAUUAGUGGGGGCAAUGGUGUUUAGCUUUACCCUAUUAUUAGUGGGGGCAAUGGUGUUUAGCUUUACCCUAUUAUUAGUGGGGGCAAUGGUGUUUAGCUUUACCCUAUUAUUAGUGGGGGCAAUGGUGUUUAGCUUUACCCUAUUAUUAGUGGGGGCAAUGGUGUUUAGCUUUACCCUAUUAUUAGUGGGGGCAAUGGUGUUUAGCUUUACCCUAUUAUUAGUGGGGGCAAUGGUGUUUAGCUUUACCCUAUUAUUAGUGGGGGCAAUGGUGUUUAGCUUUACCCUAUUAUUAGUGGGGGCAAUGGUGUUUAGCUUUACCCUAUUAUUAGUGGGGGCAAUGGUGUUUAGCUUUACCCUAUUAUUAGUGGGGGCAAUGGUGUUUUUAUUUCCUGGAUGCUGGUUGUGAUUGUAAUCAUGUUCCUCUUCAAUCCUCAGACUUGACACAUGGGAGUCUUCACUGACCACCUGGACACCAACAGCUAAAGUUCUACGCCAUUAUAAAGAACAAGUUGAAAGUCAGUAUGUUCACAAACCAUCUCCUUCAAAGAGAAGAAAAAAACUACACAACAAUACAGGUACUCAAAAAGUAGGCAAAACUAAAUAAUUGCAUAAGUUCUCAAAUCUCAAAAUUUUAAUGUGAUUCCAAAAGGCUUAAAAUUGUAAACUCAAAAAAGUCUUUGCUUAAACAAGAGAAAAGGAUUGAGGCUCAUCCAAAUAGCCUUACUGUGUAUGCUGAAUGGUUUCUCCAGAUAUUAGCAUAGUGUCCUUUAAUCAUAGAAGUACCACAUAUUUUAAGUGUGCUAAAUUAUGCACAUUAUUCUGUUUUAUUAACUUUGUUAUUAACUUUUAUUUUUGAAAACCUUUUGUCAUCAGAUUUUACUUGGAAUCUGUGUAACACAUUUGAAAAACAGAAUUUAAUCACUGAGUUGUAAGGCAUGUGAGCAUUAACAUUGUAAUUAGUGAGUUGUAAGACGUUUGAACAAUAUAAAUCACUGAGUUGUAAGAUGUUUGAACUACAGAAUUGUAAUCACUGAGUUGGAAUAAAAUGAGCAGGGAGGUGUUGAGAUUUCUUGUUUGAAUUUGUUCUAGUUCUAUGGUUUGACAGUUUUAUCAGUAGGAAAAAAAAGACACUAACAGUUUAAAUUUUAAACUGCUGAGUAAAUAAAGGAAGAAAAUUCUAUCUGUGUCAUAACUUGUCCAGUGAGAAUCCCAGUGUCAGAGUUAACCAUAGGCUUACAUACAGUAACAAUGGGGAAAAUGUCAGGAUCAAUAGCCUUGCAAUCGCCCAUCAACUUCUCAGGGUUAACAACUUGUCAGAGCUGUGCAGAAAUGAGGAGGUCACUCAUGACGGGGCUUGAGGAGAUACCAGCAAUUGAGUAGAUCCCAGCGCUUUCAUGCAUGUCUAGAGUUAGGAACACUUUGUUAGCUAGGAGUGCAGCAGGUUGAUUUAUGAAUCUCAUUAAAACUAUUACCUCUAUAUUAAUAUGUCCAAGUCUAAUUGUUUAAAUCUACAUGUAUGUAUUUAAUAUCUUUGUGAUUGUCUGUCUAUAUGUAUAAUUCUGUAAGUAGCAAUAAUAAUAAUAAGGGGAAUCUAUCAUAAAGUAGUAAUUAGCGUUUAUAAAAUUUAUUGGUGUAUUUUCUUUAUAUUACUUAAUCCAAUGAACGUUUUUGUAACACUCAAUGACUCAUUGAUAGAGGCUAAUUGGUUUCACAAGAGAAAUAAGAAUUUUUGUCCACAAAAAUAAUCAAUCAAAGCGAAUGAGUAAUUGAUAUAAAUAUGAUUUUGAACAUUAAUUGUGUUUGAUAAAUGAACUAAGAUAGUUGGAGGUAAAUUUACAGAUAAUUUUUUAAGGACACUUGGAUUUUCCCAUCCCCAGCUGUAACACACAUCAACAUAUUAGACAUCAUUAGGUAUCUUUUAGUUGAUCUAGUUAGCGCAGAUAAAAUCCAAGCUAAUGACACACCAAAUAAAAAAUGAAAAGAGUCAGGCUCAGCCUUGCAUAGAUUUAUUGAUUAAUUACCAUGAACCCACAGAGCACUGGUUUGACUUGUGAUGUGGCAGUUCAUCUGGCAACUCUUCAGGACUGGCUUCAACUUUGAUGAGGUUAAGAAAUCACUUAGAGUUCUAAGUGCACUUUAAACUAAUGUAGUGGAUUUUACCCAGUAGAUGCCAAGUGCAUUUAAAAGUAAAUCAUAAACUAUAUGAGAAAAAGAAUAUAUUUUUUUUUACAUUGGUAUUUAAGCUAAAUGCGCUCUCCAUUUUUUAACGACAUUAUUUAUUACAAGAUUUCUCAAACUUAAGGAAUUUCUUGAUAUUUUAUUAUCUCAAUUGCAAUCCAUAACACACAAAUCCAAUCCACACAAAUAAUUGCAAUCCAUAACACACAUUUUUAAACAUAAGGUUUAAACCUGAGUACAAGAUUUCCUUUUUAGAUUUCAUCCCUGCUAAUAAGACAUAUAUCAUCAUAUCUGUUAUGUAGCAAUGUACUCAUUAACCUUGGACAUAAUUUUCUAGGAUCAGAGUACAUUCUAUUAAAUCUGUGAGAGACAUUUUUCAAAGACAUCUUCUGUUCAUUUGAGGGUAAUUAGUUCCUAUUUUUCACAACAUAAAAGCAGAUUAACACACCCUUCUGCACACAUAAUUAUCCUAAAUUUCCCUCAAAAUCAAUAAUUGGUGCUGCAGGGAUUUUUAAAGAACCUUUUAUGCUACAAGACAUAACAAAUGGAUCAUAAAAACUGAAUCAAUAUUUACUGUCUUUAAUUGGCCAGUGAGCACUAUUCAUUAAACUUGAAGCAAUAAUAUUAAUUUGAUAAGAUUAUUCUUGUUAAUUCUGUUACCUUCCCUACUCCAUUAUUAUUGGGAGUUUUUGAUGAUGAUUGAUUGAUUGAGUACUUUUAUAGUGCUUGUGUCCAUGCUAUUUUAGCAUGCUCACAGCGCUCUGAUGUCCUAAAAUCUAUUUAAAGAAAAAGUCUUUAAAUGGUUCUUAAAUGACUUUUGAUCAUUUUCAAUGUCCCUCAAAGAUUGAGGCAAACAGUUCCACAAUUUAGGCACAAUAGCUUCAAAAGAGCCUACUCCGUAUGACUUCUUAGUGUGUCAGUUCACCCUGGGAACUCUCAGUAAGGACUGUGUUGAAGAGCGCAGGUUCUGUAUUGAUACGUUUUUAGAAAUCAGUUUUUGAAGAUAUAAAGGGGCAGAGCCUUCAAUACAGCAAUACGCCAGGGACAGAAUUUUAUAGUCAAUGCGCUCACUUACAGGAAGCCAAUGGAGAUCUUUAAGAACUGGGGUGAUGUGGUCAGAUUUCUUUAUAUGUUUUGUGGUCAACACCACAAACAACUGUUACAGUAAUCUAAUCUUGAUUGGAUUAGAGUGAGUGCUACGGCAUUGGCUGUUCUCUUAUUAAGUUGAGGACGCUGCUAACCCAGAGCACAAAGAUGACAGAAAUGAGCCCUGACUACAGAACUGAUAUUAGGAAUCAUAGUAUGUUUACUGUCAGUGUAAAAGCCAAGGUCUCUAACCAUGUUGGACAAGGGAUCAACAAGAGCACCAACUUUUAUCGAUGCAUUAUCAAUGACCAAUUAAAGAAAAACUUAAACGAGUUAAAGGAAUUUACUACCUUUUAUAUUAAAGCGAAAAGAUAAUUGUUUUAUCGUUAAAAACUCUUGGCUUGUAAUUAGACUAAUAUUGAUGUCUGGCUUAAAUUGAAAUCAUGAGCAUUAUUUUUCUGGAGCUGCGCAGGAUUAGUCAAAUCAGGCCCUUCCUAACAAUUGAUACAACAAAGAGGCUGAUGUCUGCAUUUGUGCUAUCACGCAUGGACUAUUGCAAUGCUCUCAUGGUGGGUCUUCCAGCUACGCUCCUGGAUAAAAUUCAAAUAGCACAGAAUAAUGCGGCUCGCAUAGUUCUCCGCAAACGCAAAUUCGACCAUGCAAAAACACUUCUGAGAGAGUUGCAUUGGCUGCCGGUGCGUGCUCGCAUAGAGUACAAAAUCGCAACUUUGUGCUACCGCUGCUUACAUGACCUGGCGCCGUCCUAUCUGAAAGAGCUGCUGACGCCUUAUGUACCCAGUAGAGAGCUCCGCUCAUCCGAUAGUGGCAAACUCUCGACACCACGUGUUUGCCUUGAGACUUACGGAAAGCGCACUUUCGCAUUUGCUGGUCCAACAAUUUGGAACGCCCUUCCUGUCGAUCUUAGAAACAACCAGACACUGGAGUCCUUUAAAACCGAUCUAAAGACACAUCUAUUUCGCAAAUACCUUCUGGGAUGAUUGUCUACCUUAUUUUCCAUGUGUUGCUGUGUUGCUCCGGGUUGAAAUGGCUAGAAAGACUUUGAUAUUGUAUGCUUGUAAUUAGUUUUUGUAGUGUUGCGUUUGUUUUAAAUGUGGUGAAUUAUAGAUAUGUUUUUUGUUGACUUUGUACCGCGCUUCGAGCCUUUGGGGAUGAAGCGUGUUUUUGAAAUCAACUUUAUUAUUAUUAUUAUUAUCUAUGUUAUAAAAUGUCCAAAUUUAAUGCAUUUUCAGUUUCAUAUUUUUAUACCAAAUGUUUUAUGACCAUAUAACUAUGCCAUUUAUACUUGCAGUAUCAGAUAUAGCUCAAAAUCACAUCCCCAACAUAGAAGUAGAAGGAGAACAAGUUCCUUGUGUGAAAUUUUUGUGUGGUGCAGACUUGCUGGAGUCUUUUGCUCAACCUGGUUUGUGGCUGGAGGAAGAUGUAAGUUAAUCAGUUGUGUAUUUGGUGUUUGAAGAUUACAGCUAGAGGAAAAUAAAUGUUAAUAUAAAAUAUAAUUGGUGUUUAAAGAUUACAGCUAGAGGAAAAUAAAUGUUAAUAUCAAAUAUAAUUGGUGUUUAAAGAUUACAGCUAGAGGAAAAUAAAUGUUAAUAUCCAAAUAAUUGGUGUUUAAAGAUUACAGCUAGAGGAAAAUAAAUGUUAAUAUCAAAUAUAAUUGGUGUUUAAAGAUUACAGCUAGAGGAAAAUAAAUGUUAAUAUCAAAUAUAAUUGGUGUUUAAAGAUUACAGCUAGAGGAAAAUAAAUGUUCAUAUCAAAUAUAAUUGGUGUUUAAAGAUUACAGCUAGAGGAAAAUAAAUGUUAAUAUCAAAUAUAAUUGGUGUUUGAAGAUUACAGCUGGAGGAAAAUAAAUGUUAAUAUCAAAUAUAAUUGGUGUUUAAAGAUUACAGCUAGAGGAAAAUAAAUGUAAAUAUCAAAUAUAAUUGGUGUUUAACGAUUACAGCUAGAGGAAAAUAAAUGUUAAUAUCAAAUAUAAUUGGUGUUUGAAGAUUACAGCUAGAGGAAAAUAAAUGUUAAUAUCAAAUAUAAUUGGUGUUUAAAGAUUACAGCUAGAGGAAAAUACAUGUUAAUAUCAAAUAUAAUUGGUGUUUAAAGAUUACAGCUAGAGGAAAAUAUAAGUUAAUAUCAAAUGUAAUUGGUGUUUUUAAGUUAAUGUCAAAUAUAAUUGGUGUUUAAGAUUACAGCGGGAAGCAACAUUCAUUUUAGUCACUAUUGACAAUUGUCAGAUAAAAACAAAAUAAUAUUUAUUUUCUACUGUUGAAUACCUAAAUGUGUAUUUAAUUUGCUCUGUACAGAUUGAAUAUAUUGUUGGUGUCCACGGAUUGGUCGUCAUCACAAGAUCAGGAUCUGAUCCACUCAAGUUUAUUUAUGAAUCUGAUGUAUUAACAAAAUAUAAAGCAAGUACAAUAAUAAUUCAACAAUAAUAGUUCAAAUAAGUUCAAGAUAUCCUAUGCAUUAUUUACAAUAUUAACAUGUAACUCAUUCACUGUUGCAUUUGCCCUGUGUCGGGUUGGAGGAGGAAGUUUUUUCUUUUCUUGAAUUGUGAGCAGUGUUAUAAAUUGGCCAAUUAUUUUUUUCUCUAUUAAUUUUUGAGUAUAGUGUUGCAAUAUCCAAAGUUUAUGGUGCAUUCAAAGUCCAAGAAUUCAUACAAAAAGAGAAUCAUUUUAAAGUAAUGGACAUUUUUGUUUUUGAAUCCCUUUGAAUUUUUAAAGGGAAAAAUUAAAUGAUUGGCAAUCCAUUGUUUGUUGUCGACAACUGAAAGGUCAAAGCCAGAAAAAACUUUCAACUUGAAAGUCUAAUUGAUCCCAUUCAUCUUUCCUUGUUAUUUUAUCAACAAUUUUAAAGUAUUUUUCCAGUAAAUAUAAGUAUUUAUUUUCAAAAUUAUAAAUAAUAAUUCUCUAGGUAUGUAUGUGUGGCCGUAACGCUGCAUUCAAUAGGCGUGCAAAAUGAAAUUCCCAUAUUUUGGUGUCAUAAAUGACUAGAGCUGAGAAGGGAAAUGAUGGCAUCAGUACCGGACAAAAGUGCAAAAGAUAAGGGAGUAGUUAAGCUGACAUCGGCUGAGUUUAUGGUAGUACAGGGAGGACAUGAUAGGUUGGGAGGCAGGGAGACACCAGGUGGACAGUAUGGGAACAAGUAUCAUGAAUGAGUCAGGAAUCACUCAUUGGGAUUCUUAUACUUGAAUGCAUGGUUUAUCAAGUAACUUUAGUAGAUUGGAAGUUCAGGCAUUGCCGCCGCCAUUGUUUGGCGUGUAAUUUCUAGUUGUUUUGAUAUUUCAAUAUGCAAAUAAAUUAAAUACCCAAAAUUGUCAAACUUCUAUCACAAUUGAAAAUAUCAUGAGCGAAAAUCAUGAAUAAAACAGUUGAUUUCAUCUUUCAAUGAAAUUUCUAUUAAAAAAAGUUUAUUAUUUCAGGAAAAUAUAAUAAUUGUAACAGAAUGGAUUUAUAAUGACAUCAGUUCAACCAAAAUUAGGUGAGUGUUUAAACCUUUUGCUGAUUAAUGACUGUAUUGUAACUGCCAAGUAGUAAAACAAAUAUUUACUUGAUGUUGAUUUACAAAGGAACUCACAAAAGUUUUAAGCAUUUUAUGUGCCAGAAUUUUUUCUUUAUAUAGACACCUAUCUUAAUUCUGAGCAUCAUCAUAGCCCAAACAAUGAACUGUAAAUCCCAGACCAAGUUGACUGCUGUCUCCUGACUUUGUGGCAUCAGGUUUUUUUUACCUCCUCCCUAAGUCUAGCUCCCAUUUUGAGCAGACACUUCAAUUGCAGUUGGCAAAAGCCCAUAGCUGGAGACAAAAUCAGAUGAAUUUAAAACUUCAAUCUCUUGGUUUCUAACGCACCACAGGGCUGCCUGGAAGUUCCAGAUUAAAGUGGACAUUGAAAAUGGGACCUGACAAUUUUAAAAUUUUAAAUUCUAAUUUGUUAGAAUAGUGUAGCAACACACAAAAAUUUAAGUGGAUUUGUAAAAUAAUUACAAGUAUAUAGAUGUAUUUGAGAAUAUAAACUCUUUUCUGUAUUUAUUUACAUUCUAUUUUUUGGUUUGCUCUUGUGCAGUUAUAAAAAUUGUGCAAAAUGAAACCCGUUUUUAAAAUACCUUUUUAUAUUGUGAUUUUAACGUUUAAAUUUAAUUUUAUUCCUAAAUGAAAUGAAAAAAUAAAAACAAACUAACAUUGUCCUUUUAUAACAAUGAUUUCCUGCAAUAACACACCAGCGAGAGUUAAAAAGGAAAACAAAUUAAUUCAACGUUUCCGCACAAUAUCAUCAAAAGAAUCGAUCAAAUAUUCUCAUACUAGUGAUCUUCAAUUUCCCUGUAUUUCUCUUAUUAUUUCUUAUAUUUGACAUAUUUCCAAAAUAUUAUUUUGUCCGUUAAAUUCUUAUUUUUCAUAGUUAUUAUACAUAGAUUUUUUAAAUUCCUGUUAUCUUGGUUUUGGAAAACCUAAAUUCCGGGUAUAACAUUAAUGGCGAACUCCAAACACUUAAGUUUUGAAGUACUUACUAUUUCUUGUUGUUUCUUCAUAAGUCCUGUCUGCUAAGGAAGGCUCUUAGCUGAAACGUUCUCUUUUUUUGUCCUGUCUUUAUAUUUGCAAUUUACACAUACCUUGUUCCACUAUUUCCUUUGAUAACAAUAGCUUGAUGAAAGUUGAAUGAAUUUACCUUUAACAGAAGAGCACUGCGGCGUGGUGAAAGUGUCAAGUAUUUGUUGCAAGAUUCUGUCAUUGAUUAUAUAAGAGAACAUCAAUUAUAUGGAACAAGUGACAAGUAAGAAUUCCUGAGGAACAUGUCACCCUGAUUUGUUGUAAACUAUUGCUGUGAUAUUAUCUGCUCGUCAUCUGCUCUUACCCAUCGUUGUUUUUAUAUUUAUAAAUAUUAUAUUUUAUAAUUACAACCCAUUUAAUUAAGUAAACAACUCCGAAAUCGUAACAGCUGUAAAAUAGAAUAUGAAAGCUUCAACAAUUUUAACUCAAAAGCAAAAUAAAUAUUACUUUUUAAAAAUUACUAUUAAAUAAUAUUUAUAAGUAUCUUAGUUUUGAUACUAAUUUUAAAAGUUUUGAUACUUGAAUUCACAUUGUAUCUACAUAAGUUAAAAAAAAAAUCUAAAUAAAAAUUGGUAUGUAAAUAACGAACAACAAAAUGUGACCAAUGCUUCUAUUGAGACAGUCUAAUUAAAACUGAUAUUAUUUUCUGUAAAUGCUUUAUUCCAUUAUAUUUUAUAUACAUAUCAAAAAUAUUUUUAAAAAAAAUAAAAUCAAACAUUUAAAAGUAGAUUCAUUGAAACUUACAUCAGCAAGUUCUUUGUGUCUGGAACCCAUAAUAUAACUUGAUAUCAAUAUUAUUAGCUUAGAUGCUUGACUUGUUCUGUGUAGUUAUUUUUUUAUAUAUAUCUUAAUUAUCUCAUUAUAUAUAGAGCAUGAUUAAAUCAAAACUGUUAGGUUCUAUUGAAGACUGAGGUGAAGGACAGAUGAGAUUAUAAUUGGUAGUAUUAGUCAGUAUUUCUUGUAAUUUGUUUUUACCUGCUAUUACCGUUUUUUUCCUAUGUUUUCCAAGCUCUUAAAUUUUUUUUUUUUUUUACAAAUUUGAAGCUUCAUUGCGUUCUUGAGCAUGCUAGAAAAUUAUAUUUGUGAGAAUAUACAUAUUUUUUCCUCUUUGAAAUGACAUGUAGCCCUGAUUUAAUUAAAUUGUAUUUGAGGUAAUUAUUAGACUUUUCUGGCCAGCAAUGAAAUCUAUUGACUUCUUAUCAUUUUAAUUCUACUCCUACUAUAAUUUAUGCAACUUGGCAAAAGAAAACUCUAUAUAUAGCUAUCAAUUUUUCCAUUUUUGUGAAAAAUCCCUAAACAAAGAAUUUUUUUCUUAUGAAUUUAUCUUAUAAAUAUUUGUGAACUGAAUUCAUACAGUUAUUUUGUGUUUGAUAAAAAGAAAUCUCUGGUUAAUAAGUGGCAUAGGAUAAAACCCAGAUAAGUGUUUUCUUGUAAACAUCUAAGAUAAUUAUAUGUAUUUUUAUUAACAUCAAGAACUUUAAAGGAUUAUGAUUGCCAGAUCAAGAUUAAUACAUUUUGUUAAUUUACAAAAAUUGUUUUUUUUAAUUUUUCACUUUGCAACCAAUUUAUGUUCACUUUUUUCUUCAAGUUGUAUAUACUUGUACUUUCAAAAUUCCAUAAAGGAAUGAAAUUGUGUAAAUUUCAACUUUCAGGGAUAAAAUUAGAAAUGUAGAAACAUUAUUUAAAUAAAAAAUAAAUUCAUUGUUAAGAUUUUAACUGGCAUGUGGUUGUUCAGCAUGAUGCAACAUUUAAAUUUUUGUGACCAUUUCCAUUAUAUUUUCAUUUUUGGAAAAAAAAUCUUUUCGCAUAGCUAUUAUUUUUUUUUUAUAAAGUUGUCAUUUAUUGGCAAGAAUAAACCAAAAAGUAACUAGUUACAAAAGAAAAUAGACAUGGAAGGUUACAAAAGCCAGUUUUAAAAUUGUAAAAUUAUUAGCGAUUUUUAUUUUCAUCCUUCAAUGAUUUUAUUUUUUUAAAGCAAAGUUGCUUGUUAGCUUAAAGAUGCUUAUUAAAUGUCCAAAAUAAAACUUUUGGGUGGCCAGCAUAUUUUUUGCUCUCAUCAUCUUGCUCUGUUUCAGUCUGAAAAAAUGUUAUGUAAAAUUGUAAUACUUGUGACCUACCAAAAAGUGAAAUAUUUUUUACCCUUUUUUUCAUGCAAUCUGUUGGAAUCACAGUAAGUAUAUCAAUCAUAUGAUGCCGUCUCCAAAUGGGGAAGCAGGUAGCUCUCCAGAAACAGAGGAGCAGUCAAGCUCAUCAUCGGGAGAAAUAAGUGUCAUCCUCAGGUCGUCACCACAUAAUGGAUAUGAUUCCAGUCACCUGACCUUACAUCGUAUGACGACGACUUUAGAAAAAUUAUCUCCUGUGACCAAGCUUCUACCCACUCAUAAUUCCAGCAAAGUAUCUUGCAUCUCUGACUUAGGCAUGCUGGUUAGGCGAGUGAAAAAUGUGCGGGUAGGGUUCACACCAGAAACUUGUGUUUAGACAUUAUCUCUUCAUUUCAUGUGUGAAGGCAAUGUGAGAAAGUGCUAUUAUGAUGAUCAUUUUAGAUGGCAACUUUCACAAGAGUCAUCUGUAGGAUAUAACAAUAGCUUGUUGUUUUCUGUUCUUAAAAUAACAUGUCAAAGGCAUAUGGCAAGGUUUAACAUUAUGACAGUUAAAAGAGUUAAAGUUAGGUUUUUCAAUUAGCUAACAUGAAUAUGUUCUUUGCUACAAGCAGUUGUGUUAUUUUGAUGAGUCAUUUCAAAUAAUUCUUUGGCUGCAGUGCUUCCAUAGUCUAAUAUAUAAAUUUUUUUUGCUAACCAUAUUUUACUACCUUUAUUUUUAAUAUUUCUUCUCACAAAGAGGGUUUACAGUAUUAUAUAAAUUCUCGCUCUUUUAAAAAAAUACUAUUUCAUGCACCCUUACUGCAGGUGUUGAACCUCAGUCUGGAGGACAGUGAUCUAAAGGCCAAGGAACAUUUUAAAUAAUUUACUCAUGCUAGGAAAUUCUUAGUAAAUUACUGAAAGUUGUCUUAGCAAUAGCAAAGUGAAUAACAAUUUGUAUAUUAUAAAAAGAACAUUUAUAGUGCUAUAAAUCAGCAGUCACCAACCAGUGGUCAGAGAGAAAAUUUUGAUGGUCCGCUGAAAAAUAUACACAUAACUAGCAACUUUUAUGUUUUAAUAAUAAUUUUAAAAAAGAUUCCAAGAAAUUCUUAUAUUCAGAAUGACAACUUUUGAAAGAUAUUAUGGUAAACUCUUAUUUUUAAGCAGUAAAUUCAAUGCAAACAGAAAAGCUUUUUUUUUUUUGUGUCAUAGUGAAUUUUUAUAACAAAAUCAACUUAUUUCAUAAGUCCAAGGAUUUUUUAAGUAAAAUUCUGUCAUUUUGUUCAAAUACAAGAACCAUUAAACAGAUUGUUUGAAAUCAAAGCUGUUAAAUGAACUAAAUCUAUCCUUGCAAGGACAACUUAGGAAUACUUCACAGGAAGUGGUAAAAUGGAUAUUUUUUAAACAAAACUAUUAAUGAGGUAAAUGCGGUUGGCUUAAAGGAUCUGCAAAUGUUUUCAAAUUUUGAUGAAUAUAUGAGAGAAAGGGAUGUCAACCAGCAGGUGGCAACCAUUGUUCAACGGCACUUACUAUCACUCACAGAAUAUUUUGGUCGUUAUUAAAAAUAAUACAAAGAAAGAAGAUCUCAGAAAUGUUAAUAUGUGUAUAAUAUUUUGUAUCAAACAUUGAAGAAAAGAAUUUAAGCAUUAAUUUAAAAAAAGACUCAAAAUAACAUCUGGAAAUAGUCUCAAUGCUACAGUCAACCUUAUCAAGACCUCAUUUUUGUCUCUUCAUAAAAAUUUGUGCAGAGUGAAAAGACAAUGAAUAUUUUCAUUCAGUUUUCAACAUAUUUGAGCUAAAAUACAUUUUCAUCUGUCAUAGCAAUUAAAACUCAGUAACGGUCAUGGCUUGAAAUAAAUAUAUCUCUCGGUCUUGCAGUGACGUCAUUAAAGCCAAAAAUCCACAAAUUUCUUUCAAACAAGCAGGAACAAAUAUCACACUGUAAAUGUGUAAUACUAGAAAAAGGUUUAAGUUAUUUUUUAAUAAUAAACUAACUUCAAUCAUUUUGUUAUCAUUAGACAACCUUAAAAAAUGUCGCUAUGAAUAAAUAAGCAUUUAAAAUUUUGUUAUCUUAGAUUUAAAUAGGCGCAUUUCAUAUGAAUAAAAUUGAAGUUCUCUGAUCAUUAUUUUACAAAUGUAUUUGUCUUUAAAAAAAAAUCAUUAGUUUUAAAGGGGAUUUAAAAUAAUGAAUUUAGUAGUCAGUGAGGUCUGAAAGGUUGGCGAUCGCUGCUAUGAAUAGUCUAAAUGCGUAAUAGCUUCUUUUUGGACACCAGUUGGGAAUGAUAAUAACAACGUAUCAAAGAUCCAGAUGCUUAAAUGUACAAAACCAUCCAUAACUGGUUGCUAUUUUAUAUAUAGUAUGGUACAUAGCAGUAUACUUAAAACAAAAUGAAAUUAAGUUAUUUCAUAAUGCUGUCACUGUAGUAUGACAGAAGUUUGCAAUCUGGAAUGCACGCUUAAGAUUUAUUCACUGCCAAACAAAUCGUCAAAUAUUAUAUUCCAUCACUUCCAGAAAUUGUAUUAGUAAUUGUUUUGCCUACAUGUUCAUUAUAUCAUUUAUGCAUGUCAAUUUCAACUAAUAAUGCUUAACCAGCAUUAUCCAGCUGAAUCAACAUUUACCUCUUUUAUACAUCUGCUGAUUGGACUAUGAGUAGUUUAUAUUUUAAGAUUAAUCUUAAAGCAAUGCCAAUAAUGAAUUUUCAUUGUUAAAAUGCUAAAUGUGAUAUUACUGAUAUUCUCUCAUUUUGUUCUUCAAUUUUUUGUAUAGAUGUCUUAAAACUUUCUAAUGAGUCUAUAAGAACAAGCUAUAACUGUAAAUGAUCACAGGUGUUUCCACACAUUAAAAACUUGUACUCAUUUCAUUUGAUUUCAGUACAAUCUGAGAACAACGUUAGCAAGACAGCAUCUAAAUUGAAAAGAAUUAAAUAUCUACAAGCCUGAAAAUGCAACAUUUUUUCCUCUUAGGCAAAGAAGUUUAAUGUCUCAGAACUCUCAAAUUGAAGAUCUGCCUGAUAUAUUUAUGUCUCUUGUGCUUUUUGGGGACCUAUUUAUGGAGCUUAUUUAUUGGAAUAAAUGUUUAUUUAUAAUUGCUGGACUGUCAAAGAACUGUUUAUCGAUUGUACAAGUGUCUCCACAUCAAUUAACCUAUCAAUAUGAGAAGAUGGUCUAAAUAUUUUUUUUUAGAUAUUUUUGUUUUAAAUGAAAUGUAUUUGCUUAAUGCUAUCAACCAACCACCUUAUUAAUAUAUUGUCUGAUAGCACUGCCAUCCUUUCCAUAAAAUUAUCAACCUUUUAGCCAAGAUUUAUUGAUAUGAAAUAAUUCAUUACAUUUAAUGACAUUAAGUUUAAUGUAAAGCAGAAGUACAUAAUCUUUAUGGUGACUUCCAAUACUGGUAGUUGAAUAUGGCAACUAUCAACAGUUACAAAUUAGGUUACUGAAAGUAUUCUUAUAGAUGAAUUGUAAUAUCAAUAACCUUGGAUAGCAGCCAAAUUAUUCAAAAAGGUUUGGGGACCUCUUGUGAAUUUGUUAUACUUUUUGUGAUUUAGCCUUAUUUUCAAAUUGCUGUUUUGUAAACAAAAUCCUGGAAUUGUUUGAAUUGCUUGAUGUUAAAUGCUAAAUUUUUUUAAAUACUCUCAUUUACAUUGAGUUUUGGCAUGCUAACUGGUAUUGCAAAUGAAAGGUCUUUUAAUUUUUAAUCUAGAAAUAUUUAUAAUUAAAAAAUAAUUACCUACGCUCAGAACAUUUUUUCAGUAUAGCAGUUGUGUUGUCUAUGAAAAGUGUCACUGUAAUAUUUUUACUAUCCUAUGUAUUCAUUGCAAUGCAUUAAUGUCGUAAUUUAUUCAGUAGGGAAAGGCAUGUCCCAACUAAUUUUUCACAUAUCCACAGACUCACUCAAAACAUUAAAUUUCCAAGCAUCAAGAAUUUUCAAGAAAUGAUAGAAGAGAGAAAUAAUUCUUCUAGAGUCUAAAACUCAGAAAGGUAUGGGUUUUACCUAUUUGUGCUGAUAAAAUGUUUACAAUGUCCUUGAUGUAAAAUGCCUUGUUGUUACCAUUGUGAUCUGGUGGAAAGGUUUUGGCCUUUUGAACCUAUCUCUACAACUACAAAAACUUAUAAAUAAAAUAAAAUAAUUAAAAAAACUUAUCAA